CAGCAGACCGAAAACAGAACCGCAUUGAGGCAUUGCCCGCAGACGCAAAAACACAUAUUACAUAAGAGGGCAAGACACAAUACCGUCAUGCAUUCCAUGGGAUUCCUUGUGGCACUCUCCAUCUGCCUGACGACGAUGAUGCCAGUCCUGUCCCAGCCACAGCCACAUCCACUCGCAGCCGCUGCAGGAGAAGCAGUUCCAACCACAGUCAGACCGAAACUCAUCAUCGAAGAGGAGGCAGAGCCGAUGAUCUAUCAGCGCAUCAUCGAACACCGUCCGAUCGCGUUGGGCCAGAACUAUUACAUCAAGCCGGGACAGAUAGUUGGCAGCAUUAACCUUGACUCGCAGAGCGUUCAUGUGAGGCAUGAUGAGGAGGGCCGCAAACCCAUAGCCAGCAAGCACAACAUCCUUUUUGUAGCAUAUGCCAAGGACUUGCUGAAAACUAGCCAGGCCAAGGAGUAGACCGCCCCUAGUUACGAGUAUACAUAAGUAAUACGAUACGAUGUUCUUUAAUACAAACUCAAAAGCAACUCUUCUGCAUCGAUUCUUCUUUGGGGCAUGGGAACCCAGCAUCCCGGCAUCCAUUCACUUUCGAAGCUACAAGAGAACUGAUCGCAAUCCCAAAACCAUUAUUCCAUUACGCACAACGAAAGCCGAAAAGUGUAAAGUAUUAUAUCUCUUAAAUGGAUACUCUAUAGCGCACAGAUGUCCAUAGUGUAUCCCUCGAUUUAGAUCUAGAAU